CGCCAUUUUGAAUCGGUCGGCGGCGCGCACACAACAUGACAACGGUCGAGCGAGACGUUUUGAAGGAGUUUAUUCAGGCAUACCAUGACAACCCGUGCCUAUGGGACAUCACCUCCGACUUGUACAAGAACAAGGAGAUGAAGCAGGCGGCGUGGGGCGAGCUCACCAAGAUCCUCAAGAAGCUGGACGAAGAUGCCAACGUCAGCUCCGCCAAGAAGAAGGUGGAUAAUUUGAGAUCGGCGUACUUCAGGGAAGUGAGGAAGGUGCGAGCGUCCAAGCUGAAGGCCCGGGACGUAAAGGACGUAUUCCACCCGAACCUAUGGUACUACAAGCUGAUGUGCUUCCUCGGGUCUCGUCGGUCGUCACAGCAAACUAUGACCUACUCUUCGGACCCACUCGAAUGUGAUAACAAGCAAGAUUCAAGUAGCGAUGAGGUAGAAUCAAUAGAAACCUCGGCAAGAAGGAAACCAAAUCGUUCUCAAAGCAGCGCUCGGAAAAAAAGAGCAACAUCCAUAACUAGAACACAGACUUUCGUGGAACCUUUACAGUAUUGCGAACCAAAGUACCAGCAGGAAGUUAAAAACGUGGAACAAAAGUCAAAGGCGCCUAAUUAUUUCGGGGUAUACGUAGGAGAACAAUUAGAACAAGUAUCGUCAUUCCAAAGGACUGUAGCUGAAAAAUUGAUAUCCGAAGUCCUAUUCCUGGCCAAAACGGAGAAUUUGAGCUACGACUCGAAGAUAGAAACACCGAAGAGGGACUCAUCCGACGGUCUGGAGCCGGAGUAUAUCAUGAUCUCGUCUCCUGGAGUCAUUGAGGAAGAGAAGGACCCUUGCGAGUCGACUCUGUUAAAGGAAUUGCUGACUGAGGGAAGAAGUACAUUAGGAAAUAAAGACUGA